AUGCCGCAGUUUGUUCAAACUGACAAGAACUUGAAAAUCUCCGACAUCCACGUAUUACUCCGAGGUAGCGAUGAAUCCAAUAUGAUUUUGUUGAUAGGACCCAACAUAGGCGGGCGGGAAGUCAACCUUACUGAGACAG